UACACAUGGAAUAAACAAACGUACAGUCAAUAACCCAAUAGAAAAGUCUAUAUACAGCGUGUGCAAAUGAGGUAAAAUUAGGGAGGUAAGGCAAUAAAUAGGUCGGAGUGACGAAGUAAUUACAAUGUAGCAAUUAAUAUAACUAAAUGAUCCACAAAUAAUAGCUGAAUACAUGUUAUCAUCAAAAGUAUUGCAACUGACAGGUUGAGUCAGCGUAAAAUAUAGAUCAAACAGCUACAGGCAACAGAAGCUAUGUCCAAGAUUAUGCACCACAGUUAUCUUGACACCUCUCUGAAAACGGUCGUCACUAUUUAGCACAGCCACAGUCAUAAACCCCGCCUAUUUUACAAUGAAUGUUCUUAAAAUCUGAUUUAAAAUCUAACCUUAACCACAUUUCUAACCUUAUGCCAAACCGUAACCUUAAAUUAAUACCAAAAAGCUACUUUUUGUUUUUAUGAAUUUUAACGAUAUACAAUUCUGACUUUGUGACUGUGGUAACUUGUUACAACCUCGGUAAACAAAUAAUUUUACGUAGCAAGAGCGUUGCAAUUUUCGUCAUCACGUCCUGUCAACCCUAUGCCUCUGUCUUGGAUGGUAAAUUAGAUGAACUCUUCUGAUUAAAUGGGAUUUAUGCCAAUUUGUGAAAUAUAGUCUUCAUAUUUGAUAAGAAAAUAGUUUGUAAUUGACAUUGCGGCACUUGAAGAGCUUGAAGACAUCAAAGGAAAUGACAGAAACGUAUGAUUUCCUUUUUAAAUUCUUGGUGAUUGGAAGUGCAGGAUCAGGGAAAUCCUGUCUUCUCCAUCAAUUUAUAGAAAACAAGUUCAAGCAGGACUCCAGCCACACCAUUGGGGUGGAGUUUGGCUCCCGGGUGGUGAUGGUCGCCGGUAAGACGAUCAAGCUGCAGAUCUGGGACACAGCUGGACAGGAACGAUUCCGGUCAGUGACUCGCAGUUAUUACAGAGGGGCAGCAGGGGCUCUCCUGGUUUAUGACAUCACCAGUCGGGAAACGUAUAAUGCCCUGACCAACUGGUUAACAGACGCUCGAACGCUGGCCAGUCCAAACAUCGUCAUCAUCCUGUGUGGGAACAAGAAAGACCUGGAGGCUGACAGAGAGGUCACCUUCCUUGAGGCGGCCCGCUUCGCCCAGGAGAACGAACUGAUGUUCCUGGAGACGAGUGCCCUCACAGGAGAGAAUGUGGAGGAGGCCUUCCUUAAAUGUGGUCGCACUAUCCUCAACAAGAUAGAUUCAGGUGAGUUAGACCCGGAACGGAUGGGCUCAGGGAUCCAGUAUGGUGACACAACGGUGAGGCAGCUUCGCCAGUCGCCACAGGCUGGCUCAGCACAGGGCAGAGAUCAGUGCAACUGUUAAAGGCUAAUGCUAACCUAGCUCUAAGACACAGAGUACCCAUGUCUCCAGGCCCCGAUGUAAAUCUAACAGUCUCUGCACACUCAGGCCUUUGGAGGACUGCCCUGUGACUCUUGACCCCUGCACUUGGACUACUUCUGGAGAGACCCUGUGUAAAAAUGUGGGCUGGGUUGUCACGGAGCUAUCUGGGUUGUCACAGAGCUACUCUCCUCCAGGCCUUUCUCUCUCUGACUACUGCUCCAGUCCGUGUCGCCAGGGAAUACAAGUGACAUCAGCAGAGAGGACUGAUCAGUCACAGAGCCAGGCCAAUGGACACACACAGGACAUUUGUUUUCAAUGUCUUUACUCAGAAGCAGCCACAGCAGCUCACAAACAUAUCACUGUUCAAACUCUGAUGGGACCGACAUGGUUUAAGGAGAACAUCAGACGUUAAUUUGUGUCCAAUCUCUAUAAAAGUUAAGCCUAUUUAUUGGUUGUGUUGAAAGCUGUAAGAUAUUGUAAAUAUAUCAAAAGGAAAUAUAACAUUUAUGUGAUAUUUGUGUACAAUGUUUUAAGAGACUGAAAAAAAGCUGGGGACUUGUGGUAGUCACCGUGUACACAUACUGUAAUGUGUGAAUGUGUGUGUGAAAAUUGUUACAAUGUUAAAGCUGGAAUCCUUAUCGGUGAAACGUCUUGUUUGCUCUAUUACAACAACAAAGAAGUUACUUCAAACAAUGAACACUGUUUUUUUCCCCUCAGACAUCAUUGCAUGGCAGAGGAGGCUGGUGGGAGGAGCUGUAAGAGGAUGAGCUCAUUGUAAUGGCUGGAAUGGAGUCAAUGGAACAUAGUCAAGCAUAUGGUUUCCAUGUUUGAUACUGUUCCAUUUAUUCAAUUUCAGCCAUUACAAUGAGCCCAUCCUCUUACAGCUCCUCCCACCAGUCUCCUCUGUAAUGCAAUCAUGAUGGAACGGCAGUUUUUUUUUUACCACAAUGCUGGAUGCUCAUAUCCUCUGUCUCAAAAUCAAAACAAUAACAAAUGCGCCGAAAACAUUGCACUGUUUCACCUUUCGCAGAUCUCAGCUUUAAUAUCUUUGACUGACUAUCAUAAUCUCCAAGUUUGGGGCAAACAAAUAUGUAUUUUAAAUGUGUAAGGUGUUGUGCAAUGAUUAUGAAAGGGUUAAGGCCAUAUCUAAAUCCAUUCUAACCAGAAUUUCAUUGAUAGAUUGAGUGAUAAUUGGUGUAUUUACUUGAUGUAAAGCACAAAUGUGAAAAUCUACAAUUUUUGCAUAUAUCUGGACUAUGAUCUUACGUAUGACCUGUCUAUCUAUAAAAUGUAUCACUAUGUGUGCUAGAUGUAACUGUUGAACGGAAGAACUGCCCCUCUUUGCAAAGCCUGUAUGAUCUUGAAUUAAUAAAUAAUUUAACCAAAUGUU